CGGUGCACCGGGCUCCCCCCGCUCCUCCGGGGACCUACCUUGUGCCGCUCCCCGCCGCCUCCAGCCCCGUCUCCGCGCCCGCCGCAGCUUCCCCGGGGCAGCGUCACCGGCCUCGGCCGGGCCGGGCCUACAUCCCCCGCCCUGGGCUCGGUGCUGCGGACCCCCGCGCUUUCGGCGUUGUGGAGCGUGCGGGGCGGCGGGGGGAGCGCGGGGGCUGCGCAUCCAUCGCGGCGUUACAUAAAGCGAUCUGGUUUUUAAAUCGCCGCUUCCGGUGUGACUAUGGAAACACUCGGAUUAUGUAAAUACCGAAACCGGGAUGCUGGGCAUCAGAUGCGAAGAUUCGCCCCCCUUCCCUUCACCGGGGAAUUAGCUCGUGUUCACGUACAAUAAUAAUAAUAAUAAUUAAAAGAAUGAUCGGGUCGUUAGCGAGCGUUUACGGCCGUUCAAGGGUUUUUACGGGAUUGCAAAACGCUUCGGUGCUGUAGCUUGUGAAUUGUCGGCGAGUUACGUGUCCCCCGCUCGCCUUCCAGCGCCAGCCCCUGCUCAGCAGCCCAAGUUUGAGUUUUCCUGAAGCCAAGCACCUGUUAUUCCUGCCGAGUUCCGUGUCACGGGAUGGAAAAGCGCUGCAUCGGCCGAAGGCGGUACGAUGAGAACGAGGACCUCUCGGACGUGGAGGAAAUUGUCAGCAUCAGGAGUUUCAAUUUGGAAGAGAAAUUAAAGAGUAAAAUGUACCACGGGGAUUUCGUGCAUGCCAUGGACGGCAAAGAUUUCACUUUUGAGUAUGUGCAAAGAGAAGCUCUCAGAGUCCCCCUGAUCUUCAGAAAUAAGGAUGGACUGGGAAUUAAAAUGCCUGACCCGGAUUUCACCGUUCGAGAUGUGAAGCUAUUAGUGGGGAGCCGCAGGAUCGUGGAUGUGAUGGAUGUGAACACGCAGAGGGGGGUGGAGAUGAGCAUGUCUCAGUUUGUGCGCUACUACGAGACCCCAGAGGCCCAGCGGGAGAAGCUCUACAACGUCAUCAGCCUGGAGUUCAGCCACACCAAGCUGGAGAACAUUGUCAAGCGCCCCAACGUGGUGGACUUAGUCGACUGGGUGGAUAAUAUGUGGCCACAGCACUUGAAGGAGAGACAGACGGAUGCUACCAAUGCAAUUUCAGAGAUGAAAUACCCCAAAGUGAAAAAGUACUGUUUGAUGAGUGUGAAAGGAUGCUUCACUGAUUUUCAUAUUGAUUUUGGUGGCACUUCAGUGUGGUAUCACGUUUUCCGUGGGGGGAAGAUCUUCUGGCUGAUUCCACCGACUCUGCAGAAUCUAGAACUUUAUGAAGAAUGGGUUCUCUCAGGAAAGCAAAGUGAUAUCUUUCUGGGAGACAGGGUGGAACGAUGCCAAAGAAUUGAGCUGAAACAAGGCUACACCUUCUUCAUUCCUUCAGGGUGGAUACACGCGGUUUAUACUCCAGUAGAUUCUCUGGUGUUUGGUGGAAAUAUCCUGCAUAGCUUUAAUGUUCCCAUGCAGCUUCGCAUCUAUGAAAUUGAGGACAGAACAAGGGUGCACGCCAAAUUCCGCUAUCCUUUCUACUAUGAGAUGUGCUGGUAUGUUCUGGAGAGAUACGUGUCCUGUGUGACCCAGCGCUGCCACCUGAGCAAGGAGUACCAGAGAGAAUCAAUGGUCAUUGAUGCAAAAAGAAAACGCAGCACAGACAGCUACUCAUCAGAUUCGUGGUUAGACAUGGAUGAAGAAUCUUGUGAUGCCCAUCUCCAGGAGGAGAAGGAUGACAGCUUGGAUAAGAACUCCAAAUCCUUGGUGGAUGGCUCCUCCUCACCCAACAGCACACACUCAGAGGGGAAGGAGGCUGCAGGGAGGAAACAGAAAGCCACAGUAAUGAGGUACCUGAAAAGAACUUUGUCUAAUGAGUCAGACGACAGCAUCAAAUCAACGACCCCCACGGACUAUCCCAAAACACCCACGGGGUCUCCAGCCACAGAAGUUUCAACCAAAUGGACUCACCUCACAGAAUUUGAACUGAAGGGUUUAAAAGCCCUGGUGGAAAAGCUUGAAUCCCUCCCAGAGAACAAGAAGUGUGUUCCAGAAGGCAUUGAGGACCCUCAGGCUCUCCUGGAGGACAUGAAGAACAUACUAAAGGAGCAUGCUGAUGAUGACCAAAAUCUUGCCAUUUCGGGUGUCCCUGUGGUCAGCUGGCCCAAGAAGACCACAAAGAACAGGGCGGUGGGCCGGCCCAAGGGCAAGCUGGGCGCAGCGGCCGCGGUGAAGCUCGCUGCCAACCGGAGCACGGCGGGCGCGCGGCGGCGGAGGACGCGAUGCCGCAAGUGCGAGGCGUGCCUGCGGACAGAGUGCGGCGAGUGCCACUUCUGCAAGGACAUGAAGAAGUUCGGGGGCCCCGGCAGGAUGAAGCAGUCCUGCAUCAUGAGGCAGUGCAUAGCUCCGGUGCUGCCUCACACUGCUGUGUGUCUGGUGUGUGGAGAAGCUGGGAAAGAGGACUCUGUGGAAGAGGAGGAGAGCAAGUUUAAUCUCAUGCUAAUGGAAUGCUCCAUUUGUAAUGAAAUCAUACACCCAGGAUGCCUUAAGGUGAAGGAAUCGGAUGGUGUGGUGAACGAUGAGCUGCCGAACUGCUGGGAGUGUCCAAAGUGCAACCACGCAGGGAAAACUGGAAAAGCGUACAAGCAAAAGCGCGGACCAGGAUUUAAAUACGCGUCAAAUCUCCCGGGCUCGCUGCUGAAGGAGCAGAAAAUCAACAGAGACAACAAGGAGGUGCCAGAUGCUGCCAAACGGAAAGGGGACUGCGAGGAGACCCCCAGGAGGAAGUCAGAGGAACAUUCCAAGAAGGCUCCGGUUGACUCCAUCCUGAGGAGAAAGUCUGACGAGGUGCAUCUGUGGAGGAAACGGAAAUUCGAGAAGUCCCAGGAACCCACGAUGAGGAAGCGGCGGCGAUCGUGGAAGGCCCCGGAUGAGCGGACGGCCAUGAUCAAACCCCUGCGGCGCCUCAAGCAGGAGCCCGAGGACGAGCUGCCCGAGGCGCCCCCCAGGUCCAAGGACAGCGACCAGUCCCGCUCCAGCUCGCCCACGGCAGGGCCCAGCACGGAGGGCGCCGAGCCCAGGGACAAGAAGAAGUUCAAGAUGAGGAGGAAAAGGCGGCUUCCCAAUAAGGAACUGAGCAAGGAGCUCAGCAAAGAGCUUAACCAGGAGAUCCAAAAAACCGAGAACAGCCUUGCCAAUGAGAACCACCAACCCAUCAAAUCUGAACCGGAGAGCGAGAACGAGGAGCCCAAGCGUGCGUUGAACAACAGCGAGAGACUGCACAGGUUCAGCAAAGGGUUGAACGGGACUCCCCGGGAGCUGAGGCACCACCAGCUCAUGCCCAGCCUGCGCAGCGCCCCCCGGGGCAUCGCCCGGCCCCCGCCCUCGCUGUCGCCCCCCAAGUGCAUCCAGAUGGAGCGGCACGUCAUCCGGCCUCCUCCCAUCAGCCCCCCUCCGGACUCGCUGCCCCUGGAUGACGGGGCAGCCCACGUGAUGCAGAGGGAAGUCUGGAUGGCUGUCUUUAGCUACCUCAGUCAUAGAGACUUGUGCAUCUGUAUGAGAGUUUGCAAGACCUGGAACAGAUGGUGCUGUGACAAAAGAUUAUGGACCAAAAUAGAUUUAAACCAUUGUAAAUCCAUCACUCCACUUAUGCUUAGUGGCAUUAUUAGGAGACAGCCUGUAACCCUUGAUCUUAGCUGGACAAAUAUAUCUAAAAAGCAGCUGAGUUGGCUUAUCAACAGACUGCCAGGUCUGCGGGACCUGCUGUUAUCAGGGUGCUCAUGGAUUGCAGUGUCGGCACUUUGUAGCUCCAGCUGUCCCUUGCUGCGAACCCUGGACGUGCAGUGGGCGGAAGGACUGAAAGACGCACAAAUGAGAGACCUCCUGUCCCCGCCCACGGACAACCGGCCAGGUCAGAUCGACAACCGGAGCAAGCUACGGAACAUCGUGGAGCUGCGCCUGGCCGGGCUGGACAUCACGGACGCGUCGCUGCGGCUCAUCAUCAGGCACAUGCCCCUGCUCUCCAAACUCAAUCUCAGUUACUGUAACCACGUGACAGAUCAGUCUAUUAACCUGCUGACCGCCGUCGGAACCACCACGCGGGACUCGUUAACGGAAAUUAAUUUAUCAGACUGCAAUAAGGUCACUGACCAGUGCCUGUCUUACUUCAAACGUUGUGGGAACAUCUGCCAGAUCGACCUGAGGUACUGCAAGCAGGUGACGAAGGAGGGCUGUGAGCAGUUCAUAGCAGAGAUGUCCGUGAGCGUCCAGUUCGGGCAGGUGGAAGAAAAACUUCUGCAAAAACUGAGUUAGUUAAAGGACUCGUGUAAAUACUGGGGCGGGGGGGAAGGGACUAAGAACACGUAGGGAUUUUAUUUUCAGUUGGGAACUUGGAAUAUCAGAAAAUGCCGCGAUUGGAUUUUACAACUCUUGUUGAGGAGAGAACAACGUGAAACUACCCAUGUUAAGAAUUUCAACUUGUGCCACUAAUUCAGUCCACCUGGGAUGACCUGCACUGGCUCUUAUGCAAAUUCAUAAGGCGACUGUUACCGAUGAUAAUUGUUCACACCUGGAAGAAGACUGAGCUCCAAGAAAUACUGUUAUUUAAAGUACCACAGCAUGUGCUUGGUAGUGUAAAUUUGAUUUCUGCUUUUCAUUUCUUAAAACAAGAAAAAAAAAAGUUGGUGUCAUUUAAGUGGACCACGCACUGCAUUUCUGCCUUCUUAACACGUUUUGUUUUGUUACAUCUUACAUUAUGCAGAACUAUUUUUGUACAAAAAUUGUUUAAAAAUUAUUUAUGCAAUGUUUGAAUGCAUUACCAGUGUUUCGGUUUUGAUUGCCAAUUUUUAUCUUUACUUAUGGUAGGCGAGAACUUAACCUAUACUUCGUAGGCAGUAUCUAUCUCCAAACGUGCCCAGGUCAGGAAAAGUAGGUUCAUACUUUCAACUUAAAGCAUGUUUUAAUGGAAGUUUAUAUCCUGCUUUGUAUACUUCAGAAGUGACAUAAGCAUGUUGUGGAAAUAAGGUGUAAAUUAUAGUUGAAGUAAAACACUUUUAUCUGUAUAGAAAUCACCUUUUUCUCAAAAUUUUAAAAAAAUUCCAAUUUCAGCUUUUGCACAUAGGAGGGUUUCACUCUGUAGCAUGAGCUCUUGUACUCAAUAUAAAAUUAAUUUAUACAGUGAGUCCAGCAGUAGAAUAAAUGGUCAAACGUAGUCUCUCUUUCUUUGAAGUGUGAGUUGAGUUCUCAUUUAAGGUUUAUAACAUGGUUAUUUCCUGAUUGUAAAAUUCUGCAUUCAUAAGUGCCAUUGUUGUACGGUGUUGUUUUCGUAGACCUUCCUGAUGCAGUUUUACCUUUGUUGAAUUUGUAUAAACAAUUGUACAAAAACAG